UUAAACGUGGGAAAUAUUUAAAAAGAAUAUCGAACAAUAUUCAAUGUAGAACCGUCCGGUAUGUUAACAUUGGGAUAUACACAUAGUCAUCAUUUCUGUUUAUUUAUUAUAAAUAAUUUUUAUUUUGCUUUUUUACAGGAUAGGGAAAGACAACGUUUGUUAGAAAUUGAAGAGGUACGUGACAUUUAAUAGCUUGGAACAAUUUUUAACAGUUUUACUAAACAUUCAUAUAUUUUUUUAAAUGUCGUUUUUAUGUGUACAAAAAAAACAUUGCAUUAUUGCAGAGACAGAAAAAAUAGACGUGACCAGCAAGACAGAGAGUACGAAGAAGGGUUAAGAAGAGAUCAAGAGAGGGACCUACAACACCUCGUCGGUGCUGAAGGCGAAGGCAACAUUAGAGUCCGUCUCCGUGGAAGGGACACAACCUUCCAAAGACGUUUCACUGCUUCCGAUACAAACGAGCUCUUGUAUCAAGUGGCCAUUGCCAACCUGCGCGAGAGGAAUAUCACUAUCCGAAAUGCCAGUGGAAGAAUCAUUGAAAGAAAUGACGAUCCUAUUGACGUUGUAGACGCAACGACACUAAUGGUCUUUCAUGACUUGGGUAUACUAGGAGCAAGAAUGGAUGAGAAAAAAGGAAUAAAUGGAAUCAUUUUAUCAAAUAUCCAACUUUGUUUACCAUGGUCGCGCGAGGGCGGACACUACCAGGCCACCUUUUCCGACCUUUGGUUGGUAGUGUUGUGCCCAACCCUUGCUGGAGACCCAGAAGUAAGGGCCACUAUUGACUUAAGCAAUGUUACCCAGGAUCGCAUACAAGCUGCUGUAGCAGAGGCUGAGGCGAGACUGGCCCUUACAACCGAAUCAAUAGACAGACAAAAUAGACGUGACCAGCAAGACAGAGAGUACGAAGAAGGGUUAAGAAGGGAUCAAGAGAGGGUAAGCAGUUCAUGGACAAGCAUCCUCGAGGACCCUGGACGUCACGGAGAUCGACACACAGGGAGCUCUUUUUUCUCGCGCGCUCCUAUUUGCAAAGAAUGA